UGCUGAUGCUCCUCACCGUCGCUCCGCUCGCGCGUGGGGUCCCGGGGCUCCAGCUGCGUCUGGAGGGCGGCAGGAACAGGUUCGAGGGCCGGCUGGAGGUGCUGUAUAACGGUGCGUGGGGAACCGUGUGUGACGACGAGGUCAACAUCAAUCUGGCCAACGUGGUGUGUCGCGAACUGGGCUUUUCCCGCGGACUCACCUGGGCUCACAGCGCCAAGUUCGGCGAGGGCCGCGGUCCGGUCUGGCUGGAUAACGUCUGGUGUUCGGGCGGCGAGAGCUCUCUGUCGGAGUGCCGGUCGAAUGGCUGGGGUGUGAGCGACUGCACUCACGCUGAAGACCUGGGAGUCGUCUGCAGUCCGGAUCCACCCAACCAGGGUCACGUCCCCCGGUACCAAGAGCCUCCUUCACCUCAGAUCUCUAACCUGGUCUCGAACGCUCCUCAACGCGGGCACGAGAUCGGCCUCCACCGCGGCGGCCGCGGCCCGUCCUCACCGCAGCUCACCGGCCAUCACAUCCAGCUGCACAGGAACGGGUUCGAGAGCGCCGUCACCCCGCGGGGACACCAGAUCCCGGACUUCCUGCGCAGCAGAGCCUCCUACAGACGAGCGCAGGACGUGACGCCCGCUCAGACCGCACGAAACCCUGAGAGACCAGCGCCAGCGCCGGAGCCGGUCUACAGUCCCGAGCCGGUGGAGCACAGUAACAGGAUGGAUCUGGACGAGCAGUCGUCUGGGUCGCUCCGGCUGGACGAGGUGCGUCUCCGAGCCGUUCUGAGCACCGCUCGGAGCGCUGCCAUGGUGACGGAGGGUGUGCUGGAGGUGAGGCAUGCUGGGAAAUGGAGGCAGGUGUGUAGUGUGGGCUGGGAUCUCAGCAGCAGUCGUGUAGUGUGUGGCAUGCUGGGAUUCCCGUCAGCGGAGCAGCUCGACACACGCGUGUACCGGAAACUGUGGGACUCAAAGUUGGAGGAUCCAGCCGCAAGGUCUGCGGUCAGUAAGAAGGCGUUCUGGGUCGAGCGGGUUCAGUGUUUGGGUACAGAGGUGUCUCUGGCGCAGUGUCGGGCGCAGCUCUCCGUCCCACGGCACGACGUCCCCUGCGCCGGAGCGAUGCACGCGGUGGUGCGCUGCGUUCCCGGCGCUCAGUUCUCCAGAAGCUCCGCCUCCAGACACCUGCAGGCUCUGCCCCCUCUGAACGUGCGUCUGAAGGCCGGAGCGCGGCUGGGCGAGGGCCGGGUGGAGGUGCUCCGCGAGGGUAAGUGGGGGACCGUGUGUGACCAUCUGUGGGAUCUAACAGCGGCCAGCGUGGUGUGCAGAGAGCUGGGCUUCGGCUCGGCCAGAGAGGCCCCGCGAGGAGCGCUCAUGGGUCAAGGUAAUGACUCCUCACCAUGUGUCCACAUCACACAUGCAGGCCAGUUGCAGUUGUCUGCCGAACACAAUACGAACUGGGGCAUUAAUGAAGCCAUGGUGGUGUGUCGACAGCUCGGCUUCGGCUUCGCUUCCAGAGCCCAUCAGGAGACCUGGUUCUGGCCCAGCAGCUCCGGGUCCGAGGACGUGCUUCUGAGCGGAACUCACUGCAUCGGCACCGAGAUCUCCAUCCAGCAGUGCCACAGGAACACACAGGUGUACUGCCCACGAGGAGGCGGAGGCGGAGCCGCCGGAGUCACCUGUGCGGACGCGGCUCCGGAUCUGGUGAUCGACGCGCAGCUGGUGCAGGAGUCUGCGUAUCUGGAGGACCGGCCGCUGCACCUGCUCACCUGCGCUCACGAGGAGCACUGUCUGUCGUCCUCCGCCGCGCGCAUGAACUGGCCCUACGGUCACCGGCGGCUGCUGCGCUUCUCCUCACGCAUCAUGAACCUCGGACGAGCCGACUUCAGACCACGAGCCUCGCGAGAGUCCUGGACCUGGCACCAGUGCCACCGGCACUACCACAGCAUCGAGGUGUUCACGCACUACGACCUCCUGACCCUGAACGGCACAAAGGUCGCGGAGGGUCACAAGGCCAGCUUCUGUCUGGAGGACACAUACUGCCCUGAAGGCCUGAGCAAACGCUACGCCUGCUAUAACAUGGGUGAUCAGGGCAUCAGCGUGGGCUGCUGGGAUACGUACCGCCACGACAUCGACUGCCAGUGGGUGGACAUCACCGACGUGCGGCCCGGAGACUACAUCUUCCAGGUCAGAGGUCACGCUCACCCUAACCCUAAACCUGACAUUAACAUCUUCCAGCCCUCAAUCCGUGUUACGUGCCGUUUCUUUGUGGCAUUUUCUAGCAGUCUGAGUUGUUUUCUGGCUGUUUCAGGUGACGCUUACAGCGCAGAGGCAGAGGACCUGUUUGAACACCAGCGUCAGAUCUCAAACAACUUCCUGUGAUGAAGCCAGGCUGGUUUCUGAUCGCCGUGGCAACACUCGCUGGGCGGAGUCUGCGUGAUUGACGGGUAGGGGGUGGGGUUAGUGUGAUGAUUGACAGGUGGGUGCCAGUAUUCAUGAAGCAGAAGAUCAGAAGAACGUCCUGCUGUUAUAAUGCAGGACUUCAUGAGCUUGCGCAGGUGUUUCCAGCACGUCUCAGAGAGGCUCUUGUGUGUAUUGAUUCAUCUUCAUCACCCAUCCCAGAUUCAGAGGAAAACAAUGUUAUGGCACAAAAUAAAAAAAGCCUUCAUAUUGAAAAUCAGUCAUGAAAUUAGAACAUUGUUUUUCAGGUUGCAACGAUUUGAAGUAAAUGUAAUAGAAAUUUUU